CCUUGGAGCCGGCUGCCGGUUCCCGCUGCGGUCCGCAGUUUCCGGUCGGUUGGCGGGAGGAGGGGCUGUCUCUGGCGCGCGCGGCCGUUGGGGGCGGCCAUGGCGUAUCCGGCCGUCCGGAAGGUGGCGAUGGUCUCCUGCCUGGUGCUGUGCGUCUCCCUGCUCCUGCCUAGGACCUUCCUGUCCCGGGGCGGGAGGCAGGAGCCCGGCAGCGCGCCGCCCACCCCGCCCGAGGGGAAGACAAGUCGUUUUCCACCAAUGAUGCAUCACCAGAUGGCCCCCGAUGGCAGGUCUUCUGGUGCUCAUUUUCCAAGGUCUCACCUGGCAGAGGCAGUUGCAAAGGCCAAGGGUGGUGGAGGAGGAGGUGGCAGUGGGAGAGGUCUCGUGGGGCAGAUCAUACCCAUUUAUGGAUUUGGAAUCCUUUUAUACAUACUGUACAUUCUGUAUAAGCUCUCUUCCAAGGGAAAAACCACUACAGUGGAGAGGAAAUCUCCUCCUAUACCUGGAAACAUGAAUAGGAAAAUCACUGACUAUGAGCUCACGCAACUACAAGAAAAGCUGAGAGAGACUGAGGAGGCUAUGGAAAAAUUAAUCAAUAGAGUAGGACCUAAUUGUGACAGCAGGGCCCAAAAUGUUACAACAGACCAGGAAAAGAGAUUACUCCAGCAGCUCCGAGAGAUCACUAGGGUCAUGAAGGAAGGUAAACUCAUAGAUGGCAUCUCCCCAGAGAAGGAAGCUGAAGACGCUCCUUAUAUGGAGGAUUGGGAAGGUUAUCCAGAAGAGACCUAUCCUGUCUAUGACAAUUCUGAUUGCUUCAAGCAUAGACAGGACACAAUCCUUGUGGAUUACCCUGAUCUGAACGAGCCCUCUGCUGAAGAGAUAGCUGAAAGAAUGGAGGUUAUGGAAGAUGAGGAUUAUUUGUGUAGUGAAACUUUACUGUCUGAUCUCACUACAGAGUGUGAAAGCCAUGAUAUGGGACAGAAAAAGGACCAGCAGAUCAGCUUCAGUGACCAAGGUGGUGUCCUCCAUCACAGCCAUAACUUUGAGAAGUGCUACUGUUGCCACUAUGAAGAGGAUGAUCCUGCUGUCAUAGCAGAGAAUGCUGGGUUCCAUGCUGACAGCUGCAGUGAGGCUGAAGACACAGCCAAAGAUGAUCUCUUCAUGGAUUCUGACAACGAAAAUGCAGGACUGAAAAGCCAAAAAGCCAAUGAUCCAGAUGCAGUAGGCAUGCUGAGAAAGCGAAACACAAAGGGAUUUGAGUAAUGGGGACCACCGUGUGUGGCUAUAGCAAGAUUCCUCAAACUCUCACACCUGCGCUCUUUGUUCUUGACCUCAUUUAUCUUCUCCGUUUCCAGCUCUUGGCACUAUUUCCAGUCCCUUGGCCAUGAUCGCUCCACCACCACCUGAACUGGAAGCUAAUGGCCCUCUUUAAAUUACUCCAUUAUUACUUCUAGCACUUGCUUGCUAGAGGCUGCUAUGAGCAGGAACAGAUGACGAUUUUGUUCCAAUAUCCACACUCUGUAUUUACUUAAUCCUGUGUGAUUACUGCCUCUGAAUAACCACCUCUUCCUCUGAAAUGUUGCUGCACUGUAGUGUCCUGCCUUGCCAGUAUUAGGAAUGGACUUCCUGCCCCAACUGUCCAGAGCCUACCUGCUGACUUUGACAUCUAUCAGUUAUGAACACAAGACCAUUUGCAUCAGAUUAUUUAGGAAGAUGGAGAGGACAGUGUUAAGUUUUGUAGCUUCUCUUUUGCUCUGAAGCAGAUGGUAAUUAUCUCCGCGCCUAACCGGCAAGGAGAUUUGCAGGCAAGAAGAUCUGCAGGGACAACAUGAAUGACCAACUCCUUUUUCAACCACAGGGCUGUCACAGUAAUUAAUUAAUAUAUACGACACAACAGAAUAUGCAUUCCUUGACCACUGGGGCACUCUUGGCCAAGUGCCUGCAUGCACUUAAGAAAUGAAACAGUGUCUCAGGGCUGCACAUGCUCACGUGGCUGAUUGCCUUUAUCAUGUGGCUCCUUAAUUUAAACCCCUCACAAAAUGUACGCUAAGGUUUACAUUGUACAUUAUUUAUGAUAGCUUCCUACUGGGAAAAUAGCCCACAGAGGAACAAGAAGGGAAAAAUCAUAGCGAAAACAUUGUAAACUCUUUUCUUCUUCUGUUUGGAAUAUAUUUAUUUUUAAAUGCAUUCAUUGUAAAGUGUUGUGGACUCUUUAGGACCCCGGCUUGCUCCAUCUAUGCCUUGAAUAGCUUGAUUACUUUCUGAGUAUGUGUCCCAGCAACAUUUAGCAUGGGCCUCAUUCGAGAGAGACUGAAGGGAAGGUGGCUUCUACCCCCACCAUAACUUGGAGCAGGCUAAGGGUUGCUUAACUUACAGUGGCGCUGGAGCUCCUGCUAGGCCCUGUUCAGCCGGGUGGGGAUUGCUAGCGCACAAGGCUCAUGCUAGUCACCCCACACCUGGCCCCAAGCCAAUCCCCUCUGCCAGGAGUGGUUCGCAUAGCACCAGUCACUUGGAACAUGUGGACGCCCCUUCGCCAAUGGAGCAGCUUUGUGCUGCUACUGAAGGUUUGGUUUUUUUCUUACUUCUAUUUAAUGAAGUUUUAAGCUGGAGCAGUAAUGGCAGGUGAUGUCAGGUACCAGACCAGAAGUUGGUUCAUGCACCCUGCCCAAUAAUACUGUCAAGUGCUCACAAACAAAUGCUCUAAGGAGCUGCUUGGUCUCUUGUUUGCCUACAUGCAACCCAGCUACUGAAAAGGGUACUGGUCUCAGGGGCAAGACAUUAUGCCACUUCAGUUAGGAAAAAUGUUCCCGCCCUUUACAAGCGGCAUUUCUUCUCCAUGUAGCUCCAGCAUCAGUGCUUGUAAAAUACUUUAUUUGCUGUAUUAACACUUGUGUGAGAAGCAAAUACUCCAGGGGAGAGAAUGGCAGUCAGGGGGACUGUGGACACUUCUGGCUGUUAACAGAUGUCUUCAUAUAUUACACCUGGGGGAAUUCUGCAUUAGCGCAUAUGUCUCAUGCCAUGCUUCCCCCCACCCCAAAAUAACUUCUGCUGGAAAGUUGCUGCAGUUCCACCUUUUGCCCACCAGGGGUUACUCUGGCACUAGAGCAGAGCAGCUGCUCCCAGCCAGCCUCAGCAUAGGGAAGAGAAUGAACCUGCCUUCUUCCUAGUGCAGGUCAGGAGACAGGGCCUCAGACAGCAUGCGGCUGCUGCGGGGGGGGUCGGGUCACAGACACGGGUUCAUAAGUGGUAGUGGGGGAGAACAGCUUGUGGCAGGGGCUGAAUGAGUGUGGAGGCUGAGGGCCAUUGGGGGGGCGGUGAAGUAGGGUCGCAAACUUUCUAGUUGCACAAACCGCCUCUACACUGAGGCUCUCCCCCCCCCCACUGUCACUC